UGUUCCUGACUGACUAUGGGAAUUAUUUCGGUUUCCAAGGCGAUCGUUUUUCUUGUCGUUGCGUGUCUAUCUUGUCCCGGACAUCGUUAUGUGGACGGCCAAAUUGUAAAGCCUUACAUCCGUACCGGCUUAACGCUCCGAAUCGUCGUCCGCUAUCCUGAAUCCGAAUUAGUUAAUCGCUCGCUGCCGACGGAUUUGUUUAUCGUUGGUAACGGACUAGGAUUGGCAUGGGACGACCCACAACCGUUAACGAGGCCAGGAACAACCGACACUUGGUCGAUCGAUUUGAAGUUCUCUGGUUUGCCCGAUGGUUAUGGCUGCGCCGAGUGUAUCCAUAACAACGUCCUGCCAGUCAAUGGUCGCCUCGAAUAUCGUAUUUUGACCAGCAACAAAACGGACAUGCUAGGUCCCAAUCACGGAACGCAUGUCCAUAUUUCAAAACUGGAGGCCAAUUUUCCGGUCCGGGAAGAAUUCUCAUACCCAUACUUUUUCACAAGAUCAGGCUCCGUACAUGCAACAACUGUCCAAUCAUUGGUCAACCAGAUCAUCGGCACCCGCAUUUGGGGUUAUUACUUGCCUCCAAGCUAUAAUGAAAACCAUUAUAAAACGUACAAGACGUUUGUGGUACCUGACCUGAGCCCUGCAUACAUGGAACUGUAUCGCUUCUCCUUUGACGAUAUUUUUGUGGAAAAGGCCAUUGCGGAAGAAGUUGUCUUUAUUGGAUCAAAUGACUAUUCGUUGUCGAAUCCACCACAAGGAGAUCCCAUAAACGACGAUGGCCGUAUUGCUUUUCUUACUCCGGUUCCUGGCAUACAGUACUAUUGUUAUAACGGUGAUUGGUCCGAUAACUGCGCUGGUUGCAUCCCACAGAAUGUAACUGGUCAGGAAUAUAUGGAAUAUUUCCGCGAUGGAUGUGGUUAUCCAGUGGAAGUUGGCGGACUUGGCGAUGACUACCUCGACUAUGUGAUAAAUGAAGUUCUUCCAGCUUUGAAGCUAUUGACCAACGAACGCAAUCAAUUCGAAAUUCGUAACAAUUUGGCUAUUGGCGGCUGCUCUUUGGGUGGACUUCUAGCUUGUCAUGCUCUUUGGACACGACCCAACACGUUUGGAAUGGGAUGGUGUAAAAGCUCUUCUUUCUGGUGGCCCACUGAGAUAAAUGUCGACAAUGGGUUCUAUUUUUUGAACCACACAAUCAAGAAGACUAAUCUGGGACCGAGGGCACCUCAGCGGAUUUACAUAGACGUUGGGGAAUUAGAAGAAGACCCCUAUUACGCACAAGUAAGCGCCGCUCUAACCGUCGUCGAAACCAUGUUAGCCAAUUCACCACAAUUCAGCAUGGACGAGUCAUUGUGGUUCACGUUGGCCAGUGGUCAAGUACACAGCAGCACCAACUGCAUGUCGCGAAUGUGGAACUCUUUGAGCCUGCUAAGUCCACCUGCAGGAGCGACUAGGAACCCGAAUCCUCCUAUGUGAGUUAGUCAUGCUCUACGAGGCUAGUUCUUUAACAGUAGACGUUGUGAGUGUGCAG